AUGAACAGUGAAGUUCUGUUGUUUAUAUUUUUGUUUACGUGGAAUUAUGCUGUUCCAAAUGAAAAUGGCUAUAUUAUCAACGUUCCCAACCGUUGCAAGCUACCAAAUUUCAACGCAUAUGACAAAGAAGUGGAAGGCAUUUUUAAAAGCCAACCAUAUAAAUCAUGUACAUCUAAAGGACUUUUAACAUUUACCACGGUGAAAAACAAUAUUGCUACAAUUCAUCUAAAUCAAACUGCUUUGUCUGAUUAUUAUGAUGACAGUGAGAUUCCGAAUUGCUGUUUCAAGUAUGUUUUUAGAAAUGGAUCUGAAUAUUUACCAGAUGUAGGAAUAAGCUUUUCAAAUUGUACUAAGUUUCAAUCAGAAGCAGCUUUGAAGAACAACACAGUAUUAGCCCGUUGUUACAAAAACAGCGGAAUCGUUUACGAGAACGUGCACAAUCCAAUUGUAAUUUCAGAAGAAAUCAAAAACAAAACGACCCAAAACAAUAACAAGACUAAACCAAUCAGUGUAUUAUUCAUAGUAAUUGAUAGUGUAUCAAGAUUAAAUUUAAUUAGAACGAUGCCGAAAACCAGAAAUUUUCUACUUCAAAAUGGCUUUAUAGAAAUGAAAGGAUAUAAUAAAAUCGAUGAUAACACAUUUCCUAAUUUCAACGCACUACUAACAGGUUUUAAUCUAAAACAAUCCUUUGACAAUUGCGAUCCAACAAAAAUAGGCAUGUUGGACAACUGUUCCAUGAUUUGGUACGACUAUCGAAAAUUAGGAUACAUAACUGCUUAUGCUGAAGACUGGGCCUCAAUCUCAACCUACAAUUACUUCAAGAAAGGAUUUACAAAACCACCAACUGAUUAUUAUUUCAAACCUUACUUUGAAGCUAGUGAAACUUUACCAAUCAUUUAUCAAGAUUCCAUGCCCUACUGUACGGGACCAGAAAGUGCCGGUGAAAGAAUUCUUAAUUUAGCCAAGGAUUUUUCUGUAACCUUUUUAAACGAACCAAGUUUUGGUAUCUUUUGGAUGAACACUUUCAGUCACAACUACAUAAAUACUCCCAGUGGAAUGGAUGGUAAAUUUUUGAAUUUCUUUUCAAAGUUGAAAACUGACGGAGUAUUAAAUGAAAAGGUUGUGAUAUUUCUUAGCGAUCAUGGUAUAAGAUAUGGAAACAUUCGUCUAACUAACAUUGGAUGGUUUGAAGAGCGAUUGCCCAUGAACUUAAUAUCUUUACCACCAUGGUUUAAGACUAAAUUCCCCCAAGAAACCUUUAAUUUACGGAGCAAUUCGAAGAAAUUAACCUCCACUUAUGAUCUCUAUAAGACAUUACAACAUUUUCUUAUUCUAUCAGGAAAAGAUUAUAAUGAAACUAAAUGUAUGGGCAAUGAAUUAUGCCAAUCUAUGUUAUCAAGUAUAUCAAAAAACAGAAGUUGUGAAAAUGCUGGAGUGCCAAGUAUUUGGUGCACAUGUUAUGGCAAUUUGUCACCCAUAAAUCUCACAUCUAAUCUUGUUAUGUCUACUUCCAACGCCAUUGUGAGUCACGUGGGUGCAAUUUUAAUAUCUAUUCAAAAAGCUGUUAUUAGUGAAACAUUUGAUGAUCAUAAUUAUUUAAUUGUUACUGUACUAACGCAACCUUUUAAUUAUUAUAUGGGGUUAUUUAAGGUUGCUAUAGAUAGUUUCGAGUUAAUUAGAGUAAUUAAGUUAUAUUAGAACAAUAAAUUCAUUAUGUACCAACGUC